AUGGAGGUAGGAAGGGAUCGAGCAAGGGAGGAGGAAAGGGCGCACCUUGUCGAUCUACUCGCUCCUCAUCCCACUCGAAGCUCGCAAGGGGGCGUGGUGGCUCGGCCUCCUGCCUGCUACCGACGGGAUCUAAGGGGGCUCGGCCUCCUGCCUGCUGCCGGGCUGGCCACCUUGCCUACUGCCGACUGGAUCUGCAGCGCCUACUAUGUUCGCCGCUCGAGGCCACAACAGCGCAUCGUGGAUCAGGUGCCGACGGCGCUCCUUAACGUCAAGAGCAAGGUGGCCUUCCCAAUCUCUGACGAUGGGAGAACGUCGUUGCCUCCACGAGCUCGCCGGCGCUGCCGCUCGCUCGACCGCCUGGGAGCCUACAGCGCGGCCACGUGA